CUCCAAACCCGAAACAAACAUGCCAGCAGAAGCCACCGUCAAAGCGCCCAAGAAGGGCUCCAAGAAAGCCGUGACUAAGACCGCCGCCAAGGGCGGCAAGAAGAGGAGAAAGAGCAGGAAGGAGAGCUACGCCAUCUACGUGUACAAGGUGCUGAAGCAGGUCCACCCCGACACCGGCAUCUCCUCCAAGGCCAUGGGCAUCAUGAACUCGUUUGUUAGCGACAUCUUUGAGCGCAUCGCCGGUGAGGCCUCCCGCCUGGCUCAUUACAACAAGCGCUCCACCAUCACUUCUCGCGAGAUCCAGACCGCCGUGAGGCUGCUGCUGCCCGGGGAGCUGGCCAAGCACGCCGUGUCCGAGGGCACCAAGGCCGUCACCAAGUACACCAGCUCCAAGUAAACAUCCCGCUGCUGUAAUCCACCAAACCAACGGCUCUUUUAAGAGCCACACACUUCUUCUUAAAGAGCAAUGUUUCAAUCCGUGAUGUGUUUGGAUUCAAAGUAUUGUUUUAUAUUAGCUUUCUAUGGCCCUUGUCUUUUAUCUUAAAUUUGCACUUCUUAGAAUUUUUCUUUAAUUAUAUUAUUGUUAACUAACUUUCAUAAUUAUCUUGAAUGUAUAUAUUACUAUCUUUAUACUUGUACCUCCCCUUUUUUCCACUGGGUCAGAGAAUUAUAAUUACAACUGUCAGGCACAUAUUGCAGAAUUGACAUUGAAGUUGACCUGCCAAUAAAGAAAAGGAUCUUGUACUCUCCAAAAAUGUACUACUUAAAA